CUUGAAGAUGGAUAUGAGUUUUGAUCGAAUAAGGAUCGAUCUCUCUCUCUUUCUCUUUCUGCUUAGUUACAAACAUCGGACGAUCAUACAUAAAUAAACGAGUCGUCUGACUCGUCGUUCGUCUUUCCUCUCUUACUAAAAUAAGUAAUGUUUUGGUUUCACUCUCUAAAUUUAAAAUUCAUCGUGUUCAGAACGUAAUAUCCGGGGAGAUAUCGUUAAAACAUGAAGUGAAGCUUACAAAGAAGUAAAAGAGUUCGAAAGAAUUACCAAACGUUCUCUGACGUUUUACUUGUCGAGAUACCGAGCAUUGGCGCCCUCUUGUCUGCACAAUUAUCCAUUUAUGGAUAAAGCUGCUCGACUCUUUCACAUACAUACACGCUAUUUCUACUCCUUAUCGAUACAUAAUAUUCCGAACGUCUCUGAUACUUUCUCUUCAAUAAGAGAAAGAAUUUAAAUAUUUAGCAUAUAUUAAAAUACAUGGAGUAAGCAAGGUUAUCGAUAAAAAUAAUUCCUAUGCAGGGCAACAUUUUUGAAAGUUUACAUAGUCCUUCAAUGUCUUGACCUUCCAACAUGGUGAUUUUAACGGCCAAGACCUUGGCUCUAGUAAUCUCGGCUAUCAAAGAGCUACGAGAAAUGAAAGGUUCGACAUCGCGAGAAAUUCUAAAUUACAUCACGUCUACCUACAGCGUACCAUCAGAAACAGCUCGUCGUCAGAUGCAAGUAGCUUUGAAACGUGGUGUCGCUUAUGGGAUUUUGAAAAAGAGUGGCGUACAUUAUAGCUUGCCAACCGAUACACAAGCGGAAUGUGAGGAAAUCGCGAAGCAAGAGUUGGGUCUUUUAGACAGAUAUUGUCGACGAAAACAACGAAAGAAGAAACGUGGUUGCAAUCCAAGAAGACGACCUAAACGUAGGUCAUGUAGGUGUAAGAAGAAACGUCGAAGUUCGAGAAAGAGACCUCGUUGUAAACCGAGAAGACCACGAAAAAGGAGCAAGUGCUCUUGUAGAAAACGUGGAAUUUAUCCAAGAAGAUCGAUGAGUCCUUUAUCGAAAAUAGAGAAUCUUUCUUUGAAACCAAGGAUCGAGAAUAAUGACCGCAAUGAAUGUGAAAACAGUAGUCAUUCUUCGAUACCUUCCGUGGGAAGACGUGAUCAUGAUAUGUCAUUAUCUUACUAAAUAUUAAUUCCAUGAUUAAUAUAUUAAAUCGAUAAUAACACUGUGAAUAGGAACAUAGAAUUAAAUUGAUUUUUUUUUUGUAAUAAUGUUUCUAUCACAUUUUCAUUCAUCAAAUUACAUCGACUCAGAAUAUAUUUGAUAUUUUAUUUUAUUAGAUCUUUCGAAAUCGUACUUUCUUAUUCAUUGUUUUUUAUAAAUUAUUUCUUUGUGAUAUGUAAAUAUUUGUAUAUUAUGUAUAAUAUAUAUGCAUAUGCAUUUAAGUGCCUA